AGCCGGCGAACACACCACACACACGCUGAACUGCAGAGAAGAAGAGCAGAAACACACCUGAACAAACAGAAGCUCCAGCACAGCACCUGUCAGAAAUGGACGUUGCAGAACCCGUUGAGAAGAGAGGAGGACCACCAAAGUUCAAGCAGAGGACCACUCGCACCUUCAAGAGCAAGGCUCCCAAACCCGGACAGAAGGGCUUCGGAGACGACAUCCCAGGAAUGGAGGGUCUCGGCACAGACAUCACUGUGAUCUGCCCGUGGGAAGCGUUUGGAGACAUGGAGCUCAGCGAUCUGGCCAAAUAUGGCAUUCUGUAAAUGAUGUUAAAUCUACAGUAAAAUCAGCAGCUCAGAGGAUCAUUUAUUCAUCACACACACACCGGCGGCGGCAGCAGGCGCUCUCAGGCCAACACACACAGAGAAACGGAUGGACUGAAUGGAUAUACGGAGCAGUUUUCCUCAGGGAGGAGCUGCUGUUCUUCAGCUGGAGCUCCAGAUUGGGUUUAAUCCCUCUCCUAUUGCCUGUAGCACAGCAGAGAAAUAAUGUGAUCAAAUCUGCUUUAUUUUCUUCAACUGUGCAUGAGAUUGUGUUUGUGCCUGAUUGAUUUGACAUAAAACACACAAAAAUAAAGAUUUAUUUUCCCAUAAGUGUGUGUGUGUGUGUGAUGAGUAUUGUGUGUGUCCAAUCUGACAGACUGUCUUUAAACUGGUUCAGCAUUAAACUCCUUCAUCUACAAA